ACAACCUUCUUCCUGCCCCUGGCAACCUCUCUGCCCACUUACUUCCUAGUACCUUGGUCCAGCUCUGCCUGCAACGGCUCAGGAGCUCAGAGCUCCACGUCUGACCUAGUCAUGACCAGGACCAGGGCAGCUCUCCUCCUGUUCACAGCCUUAGCGACUUCUCUAGGUUUCAACUUGGACACAGAGGAGCUGACAGCCUUCCAUGUGGACAGUGCUGGGUUUGGAGACAGCGUGGUCCAGUAUGCCAACUCCUGGGUGGUGGUUGGAGCCCCUCAAAAGAUAACAGCUGCCAACCAAACGGGUGGCCUCUACCAGUGUGGCUACAGCACCGGUGCCUGUGAGCCCAUCGGCCUGCAGGUCCCCCUGGAGGCCGUGAACAUGUCCCUGGGCCUGUCCCUGGCGGCUACCACCAGCCCUUCCCAGCUGCUGGCCUGCGGCCCCACAGUGCACCACGCGUGCGGCAGGAACAUGUACCUGACCGGACUCUGCUUCCUCCUGGCCGCCGCCCAGCUCACCCAGAGGCUCCCAGCGUCCAGGCAGGAGUGCCCAAGACAGGAGCAGGAUAUUGUGUUCCUGAUCGAUGGCUCAGGCAGCAUCUCCUCCGGCAACUUUGCCACGAUGAUGAACUUCGUGAGAGCUGUGAUAAGCCAGUUCCAGAGACCCAGCACCCAGUUUUCCCUGAUGCAGUUCUCCAACCGAUUCGAAACACACUUCACUUUCGAGAAAUUCAGGCGCAGCUCAAACCCCCUCAGCCUGUUGGCUUCUGUUCGCCAGCUGGGAGGGUUAACAUACACGGCCACCGCCAUCCAAAAAGUCGUGCACCAAUUGUUCCAUGCCUCAUAUGGGGCCCGUAGAGAUGCCACCAAAAUUCUCAUUGUCAUCACUGAUGGGAAGAAAGAAGGCGACAGCCUGGAUUAUAAGCAUGUCAUCCCCAUGGCUGAUGCAGCAGGCAUCAUCCGCUAUGCAAUUGGGGUUGGAUCAGCUUUUCAAAACACAAAUUCUUGGAAAGAAUUAAAUGACAUUGCAUCGAAGCCCUCCCAGGAACACAUAUUUAAAGUGGAGGACUUUGAUGCUCUGAAAGAUAUUCAAAACCAACUGAAGGAGAAGAUCUUUGCCAUUGAGGGUACGGAGACCACAAGCAGUAGCUCCUUCGAAUUGGAGAUGGCACAGGAGGGCUUCAGCGCUGUGUUCACGCCUGAUGGCCCCGUUCUGGGGGCCGUGGGGAGCUUCACUUGGUCUGGAGGCGCCUUCCUGUACCCCCCAAAUAUGAGCCCCACCUUCAUCAACAUGUCUCAGGAGAAUGUGGACAUGAGGGACUCUUACCUGGGUUACUCCACCGAGCUGGCCCUCUGGAAAGGGGUGCAGAGCCUGGUCCUGGGGGCCCCCCGCUACCAGCACACCGGGAAGGCUGUCAUCUUCACCCAGGUGUCCAGGCAAUGGAGGAUGAAAGCCGAAGUCAUGGGGACCCAGAUCGGCUCCUACUUCGGGGCUUCCCUCUGCUCCAUGGAUGUGGACAGCGACGGCAGCACCGACCUGGUCCUCAUCGGGGCCCCCCAUUACUACGAGCAGACCCGAGGGGGCCAGGUGUCUGUGUGUCCCUUGCCCAGGGGGUGGAGAAGGUGGUGGUGUGAUGCUGUUCUCUACGGGGAGCAGGGCCACCCCUGGGGUCGCUUUGGGGCGGCUCUGACAGUGCUGGGGGAUGUGAAUGGGGACAAGCUGACGGACGUGGCCAUCGGGGCCCCAGGAGAGGAGGAGAACCGGGGUGCUGUCUACCUGUUUCACGGAGUCUUGGGACCCAGCAUCAGCCCCUCCCACAGCCAGCGGAUCGCCGGCUCCCAGCUCUCCUCCAGGCUGCAGUAUUUUGGGCAGGCUCUGAGUGGGGGUCAAGACCUCACCCAGGAUGGACUGGUGGACCUGGCUGUGGGGGCCCGAGGCCAGGUGCUCCUGCUCAGGACCAGACCUGUGCUCUGGGUGCAGGUGAGCAUGAAGUUCAUACCUGCUGAGAUCCCCAGGUCUGUGUUUGAGUGUCGGGAGCAGGUGGUCUCUGACCAGAUCCUGGGACAGUCCAGCAUCUGCCUUUACAUUGACACAAGUUCCAAGAACCUGCUUAGGAGCCGUGACCUCCAAAGCUCUGUGACCUUGGACCUGGCCCUCGACCCUGGCCGCCUGAGUCCCCGUGCCACCUUCCAGGAAACAAAGAACCGGAGUCUGAGCCGAGUUCGAGUCCUCGGGCUGGAGACACAUUGUGAAAACUUCAACCUGCUGCUCCCGACCUGCGUGGAGGACUCUGUGACCCCCAUCACCUUGCGUCUGAACUUCACGCUGAUGGGCAAGCCCCUCCCUGCCUUCAGAAACCUUCGGCCUAUGCUGGCCGCCGAUGCUCAGAGAUACUUCACGGCCUCCCUACCCUUUGAGAAGAACUGUGGAGCUGACCAUAUCUGCCAGGACGAUCUCGGCAUCUCCUUCAGCUUCCCAGGCUUGAAGACCCUGCUGGUGGGGAGUAACCUGGAGCUGAACACAGAAGUGAUGGUGUGGAACGACGGGGAAGACUCCUACGGAACCACCAUCACCUUCUCCCACCCGGCAGGACUGUCCUACCGCUACGUGGCAGAGGGCCAGAAACAAAGGCAGCUGCGUUCCCUGCGCCUGACAUGUGACAGCGCCCCAGCUGGGAGCCAGGGCACCUGGAGCACCAGCUGCAGAAUCAACCACCUCGUCUUCCGUGGCGGUGCCCAGAUCACCUUCGUGGCUACCUUUGACGUCUCCCCCAAGGCUGUCCUGGGAGACAGGCUGCUUCUGACAGCCAAUGUGAGCAGCGAGAACAACACUCCCAGGACCAGCAAGACCAGCUUCCAGCUGGAGCUCCCGGUGAAGUACGCCGUCUACGCUGUGGCUAGCAGCCACGAACAAUUCACCAAGUACCUCAACUUCUCAGAGUCUGAGGAGAAGGAAAGCCGUGUGGCCAUGCACAGAUACCAGGUCAAUAACCUGGGACAGAGGGACCUGCCUGUCAGCAUCAACUUCUGGGUGCCUGUGGAGCUGAACCAGGAGGCUGUGUGGAUGGACGUGGAGGUCUCCCACCCCCAGAACCCAUCCCUUUGGUGCUCCUCAGAGAAAAUUGCACCCCCAGCAUCUGACUUCCUGGCGCACAUUCAGAAGAAUCCCGUGCUGGACUGCUCCAUUGCUGGCUGCCUGCGGUUCCGCUGUGACGUCCCCUCCUUCAGUGUCCAGGAGGAGCUGGAUUUCACCCUGAAGGGCAACCUCAGCUUUGGCUGGGUCCGCCAGACAUCGCAGAAGAAGGUGUCCGUUGUGAGUGUGGCUGAAAUUACAUUCAACACAUCCGUGUACUCCCAGCUUCCAGGACAGGAGGCAUUUAUGAGAGCUCAGACGACAACGGUGGUGGAGAAGUACAAGGUCCACAACCCCACCCCCCUCAUCGUAGGCAGCUCCAUUGGGGGCCUGCUGCUGCUGGCACUCAUCACAGCGGUACUGUACAAAGUUGGCUUCUUCAAGCGUCAGUACAAGGAAAUGAUGGAGGAGGCAAAUGGACAAAUUGCCCCAGAAAACGGGACAUAGACCCCCAGCCCGCCCAGUGAGAAAUGAUCCCCUCUUUGCCUUGGACUUCCUCUCCCCCGCGAGUUUUCCCCACUUACUUACCCUCACCUGUCAGGCCUGAGGGGGAGGACCCAUCGCACCACCGAGAGAGGCUGGGAUGAGCCUGCUUCCUGUCUUUGGGAGAAAACAUCUUGCUUGGGAAGGGGCCUUUGUCUUGUCAAGUUCCAACUGGAAACCCUUAGGACAGGGGCCCUGCUGUGUUCCCCAAAGGACUUGAUUUGCAAUUUCUACUAGAAAUACAUGGACAAUACCCCCAG